AUGGGGAAGCUCAUCCGUCUCGAGCUUUUUAACUUCAAGUCCUACAAGGGCCACCAUACCCUUCUGUUUGGCGACUCGUAUUUCACCUCUAUCAUCGGCCCCAAUGGCUCGGGCAAAUCGAAUUCAAUGGACGCCAUCUCCUUUGUUCUAGGUAUCAAGUCAUCACACCUACGAUCGUCACAUCUUCGCGACCUCGUUUACCGGGGUCGGGUCAUGAAAACGUCUAAAAUCCAGGACGAUGGGACCGCCGCGCCGGCAACUAACGGAGACGCUAACGGGCACGUAAAUGGUGACGACGAAGACAACUCCCAACGAGCAUCUCGAAACGACCCGAAGACGGCGUGGGUGAUGGCCGUCUACGAAGACGAUGCAGGGGACGAACAGCGGUGGAAGCGGAGCAUCACGAGUAGCGGCAGCAGCGAAUACCGCAUUAACGAGCGAGUGGUUACCGCCCAGCAGUACAACGAGGCCUUGGAGGAGGAGAACAUCCUGAUCAAGGCGCGGAAUUUUCUGGUGUUCCAGGGAGAUGUCGAGGCCAUUGCGUCGCAAUCACCACAGGACCUGACGCGCCUGAUCGAGCAGAUUUCGGGGAGCCUGGAGUACAAGGCGGAGUAUGAGAAGCUCCAGGCAGAUGCGGAGCAGGCCGCAGAGAACCAAAACUUCCAGCUCCACAGGAGGCGAGGCAUCAACUCGGAAAUCAAGCAAUACCAGGAACAGAAGAAGGAGGCAGAAAACUUCCAGAAGAAGACAGAGGAACGGGACGAGGCGGUCAUUACUCAUAUCCUGUGGAAGCUAUACCACUUUCAGCGUGUGAUGGACGAGUCGAGCGCUCAAAUCCAAGUGCAUCACGAGAACCUCAAAGAGUUCCGCCGCAAUGUGGAGGCUUUCGAAAAGAAACUCGAACAGGCCCGCAAGGAGCAGGCAACGGUCGGCCGCGAGGUCAGCAAGAUCGAAAGAAACAUCAAAGGCAAGGAGAAGAGCAUCGAGGACCGGGACAACAGCCUCGUGCCUAUUGACGAAAAGAUCAGUCAGAGCUCACAGGAUAUGUCGGUACUCCGGAAACGGAUUUCUGAUGUAAAGAAGGACCGCGACGACAAGGCAGCGCACAUUCAAAAGCUCCAAAAGGAUCUAACCACCGUCGAGAAGGCACACCAGCAAUUCGAGAAGCAGUGGACCGAAACCCUCAAGCGGCAAGGCAAGGCACUGAGUGACGCGGACUUCAAGGAGUACACCAGCCUGCAGGCGGACGCCAUGAGGAAAACGUCAGACAACCGGGCCAAACUAUCGAAUCUGGAGCGCCAAUUGAAAGGCGACGAGGUGACGGUCAACAGUCUGAAAGGUAAGAUCGACAACUUUGAGGCUGCCGCCGAGAAGCUGCAGAGCGAAGUCCAGGCGAUUAAGGACCGCCGCAACGCCAGCCAGGAUUCGGUCCGUCAAAUAACCAGCGACAUCGACGCCAAGAAGAAGGAGUUCAACAGCGUGCAGUCGGAACGGAUCAGGAUCAACAACACCCACACGGAGCUAGAGGAGAAGCUUCGUGAGACGUUGAGGAAAAUCGACGACGCAGAUAUGGGGCGGCGCCAGAACGAGAAGGAGAAAAAGAUGAGGAACAUGAUUAGCGAUCUCAAGCGCAUCUAUCCGGGAGUCCGUGGCCGGGUGGGUGAGUUGUGCAAGCCAAAGCAAAAGAAGUACGACGAGGCAGUCGCCACAGCGCUCGGCCGCGACUUUGAUGGCGUUGUGGUGGACACGGAGAAGACAGCUGUUGAUUGUGUCCAGUACCUCAAGGACCAACGGUUCCCCCCUGUGACCUUUAUUCCGCUUGACAAUAUCAAGGUCAACACUUCCAACCCGGCCGUCAAGGGGAUCACCGGUGCUCGGCUGACGAUCGACACUAUCGACUUUGACCCUUCGUUGGAGCGAGCCAUGGCAUACGCCUGCGGCGGCUCCGUGGUGUGUGAUAGCCUGGAUGUGGCCAAGGACAUUGUUUACGGCCGGAAAAUCCAAGUCAAGGCGGUUACCGUCCAAGGCUAUGUCAUCCAUAAAGCCGGUACCAUGUCAGGUGGCCGGUUGCCAGAGGAUAGAAACAAGAAGCAGCGGUUUGAGGAGCAUGAUGUACAAAAUCUGCAGCGUCUUGCUGAGAGGUAUCGGGACGAGAUCGCAAAACUCCCACGGCCGGGAAGGCGAGGGGCUGCGGAAGAGUCGUUGCAAAACGAGAUAGGUGCACUAGAGCAGCGUCUUCGGCUUCAACAGGGCGAGCUGGCUGCAUUCGAAAAGAACCUCAAGAGCAAGCAAAAAGAGUUGGACCAUGCGCAGCGGGAGCUCCGCGACUACCAGCCUAAGUACGCCGAGAAGGAGGGCGAGCUGGAGCGGACGCGCGCAACGGUCGAGAAGUUCGACAAGGCCAUCUCGGAGGUCGAGGACAAGAUCUUUGCCGGCUUUUGUAAGCGGCUCGGGUACGAGAACAUCCGGGCCUACGAAGCGCAGCAGGGCAGCCUCGAGCAGGAGGCCGCGCAGAAGCGCCAGGACUUUGACCUCCAGAAGCAGCGCAUCCAAAACAACCUCUCCUGGGAGACUUCGCAGCACGACGGUGCCAACGACCGCGUACGGACCAUGGAAACGACCCUGAAGCGACACCAAAAAGACGUCGAGGCGUACGAGCGCGAGAAGGAGGACAUUGAGGAGGCAAGGGCGCAGGACGAGGACGAGCUAGGGGCGCUUCAGGAAUCGCUGGAGGAGGUCAAGGCCAGCCACGCCGAGAAGUCCAAGAAGGUGGCGGACGCGAAACAGGACCUGCAGAAGAAGAGCAAGGACAUCGAGUCGAGGCUGAAGGAGAUCACCAACCUGGAGGGAGCGGUGCAGAAGAACAGCGCGCAAAAGUUUGCGUUGCUCAGGCGGUGCAAGCUCGAGCAGAUCCAGCUGCCGAUGAGCGAGGGCUCGCUGGACAAUAUCCCGAACGAAGACCAGCUGCUGCGCAAAGACCAGGAUGCGAUGGAGGUGGAUGGUGAGGAAGACGAGGACGAGGUGCUUGAGACCGCGAUGGACGACUACGGCAUCGAGAUUGACUUUGACGGGUUAGAUGAAGAUCUCAAAAACCCCGACGACGACCUUGAAGAUGUGCUCCAAGACAAGAUCACGUCGCUCACGGCCGAACUUGAGAAGCUCAACCCCAACAUGCGCGCCAUGGAGCGCCUCGAGUCCGUCAAAUCCCGACUCGAAUCAACCGAACAGGACUUUGAAGACUCCCGCGCAGCCCUGCGCGCGGCCCGCGAAGCCUUCACAACAGUCAAAGAAAAGCGCUUCGAGCUAUUCAACCGCGCGUUCGCCCACAUCCAGGAACAGAUCACGCACGUCUACAAAGACCUCACCCGUUCCGACGCCUACCCCCUCGGCGGGCAGGCCUACCUCGACAUGGAGGAAGACACCGACACACCCUACCUCUCGGGCAUCAAGUACCACGCCAUGCCGCCGCUCAAGCGCUUCCGCGACAUGGAGCACCUGUCGGGCGGCGAGAAGACCAUGGCGGCGCUGGCGCUGCUGUUCGCCAUCCACAGCUACCAGCCGAGUCCCUUCUUUGUGCUGGACGAGGUCGAUGCCGCGCUGGACAAUGCGAACGUGGAGAAGAUCAAGAAGUACAUCCGCGAGCAUGCCGGGCCGGGGAUGCAGUUUAUCGUGAUUAGCUUGAAGCCGACGCUGUUCCAGGACAGUGAGAGCUUGGUUGGUGUGUAUCGUGACCAGGAGGUGAAUAGUUCGCGGACGUUGACUUUGGAUUUGCGGCAGUAUGUAUGA